CCAUGUAUUCCUGAUGAGGAACAUUGUUCACCAUAUUAAUGUACAGUAAAACAACACAAGGUUGGAGAGAAUCCAGAAGGCGUUUGGAGUUGAGGUGUCAAUGAACAUCCAUGGCCAAGCUGUGAUGGGAAGUGCAGUUUCCACUGAGAUCCCUACUGAAGAACCCUCCACACAGAUGUCGAUUUCAAUUGGUGAGUGUGGCAGAUGGAUGUUUGCCUGAAAUGUCCUGGAUUGGUGCUUAAUCUUGUUUCUGUAUAGACAAACAUUUCAGGUAUGUGGUGAUGAAUUUAAAUAUCUGACAUCACUGGAAAACAUCUCUGCUACAAAAGUACCAUGGAAGUUCACUUUGCAUGCUGGUCAGAAGGCACUGCUUGAUUAUGUCUUGGACACAAUAAGGACUCCAGAUGAGCCAAUCGUGGAUGUUGGCACAACCACACUAAAACGCUCUGACUUCAUAUCAUUGGGUCUACAUCAACAUGAAGUUGAGGCAACAAUUGCCAAUUGCUGUUUUCAAAUGAUGAGCGAUAUUGGAAUACAUCAGGGAAAGGAUGUACAUGCCAUUGAUGCAUAUGUGGUAGCAAGCUGGAUGCCCCCUUUAAAAGCAGAUCCUAAUCUUUCUUUCCCAGUUGAUUCAGAAUCGAAAGACAUGAUUCUCUUUCCCUUGUGGAAAACAGGACACUGGGUGUUGUGUCCGAUGAAUGGACCAGGAGAAGUUGAGUAUGGCGUAGGAGCGCUGGAGGGGGUCACGCCACCAAACAGUCUUGAGAAUGCCAAUAUGAUGAGCAGCAUCAGGAAAGGUGUGGAAUGGUUGAAGGACAAUCACUUGCUGAUGAAGAGCAAGUACUUGCUACCACGCAUUGACAGCAUGGAGGAGGCAGAUGCACUGAACGCCCUUUCUCGACUACGUACACAUUGUGACACAACUUUGGAUGAGGAUGAUGAAAUAAGAGCCCCGUUGUAUUUUACAUUCAAAAACAGAGAGGACAUGUUCUUUUUCAUGUCUGAGGUUAGGGACAAGAAAAAUGUUAGAGUGUCAUCAUUUUACAACCCUGACAUUUAAUUAUUUUUUUUCCUAUUGGUGACAGACUUGGUGUCUGUCUGUCUGAAUCUGUGUGUGUGU